GAUCGCCUCGGUGAAGUGUCCGUGAGGUAUUUUAUAUGAAAAAAAUGCUGGAGUUUUACACGAACAUCAAUUCGGGAUUGAUGCCGGAGAGCAUGCAGCCUCCGCUCUCUUGCGCCGGGAGAACAGAGCUGAGUGCGAGCAUCAAGCGGGAGAAACUCGUCGAAAUAUGUGAGGGCUGUGGUCAGAAGAUCCAAGACCGGUACCUGAUGAGGGUGGGCGAGCUCUCCUGGCACGAGCAGUGCCUCAGCUGUUGCGUCUGUGGAUGUCCUCUCGCCCACACAUGCUACACAAGAAAUGCCAAGCUCUAUUGCAAGCCGGACUAUGAUAGAUUGUUCGGCGUCAAAUGCACGCGGUGCGGCGACAGAUUGCUCCCCCAGGAGAUGGUCAUGCGAGCACAGCAAUACGUGUUCCACAUACAAUGCUUCGUAUGCGUCAUGUGCUGCCAACCGCUUCAGAAGGGUGAACAAUACGUCAUACGGGCCGGCCAGAUAUUCUGCAGACAAGAUUUCGAAAAGGAGAUGUAUUUGAUGCAACACGCAGAAGACGACAUGAUUAUAGACGAUACAGAACGACCUCGAGACGGUAGACGAGGACCGAAGAGACCACGAACUAUCCUCACGUCAGCUCAACGGAGACAGUUCAAAGCCUCCUUCGAAGUCAGCCCUAAACCGUGCCGUAAAGUCCGGGAAGCAUUAGCCAAAGAUACGGGAUUGAGCGUCCGAGUUGUCCAAGUCUGGUUUCAAAAUCAGAGGGCUAAAAUGAAAAAGAUACAACGUAAAGCGAAACAGGAAGGCGAUAAGAAUGCUGACAAAGAAAAGGACAAGGACGAGAAGAGUAUCAAACAGGAAUCGCCUUCCAGUGAGAAUGGGAACUAUCUCGGGUUGGACACGUCGUAUUCCGCGUCAAGUCAGCCGCUCAACCCCAAUCUUCCAUACUCCCCUGAUGAUUAUCCAGCUCAUUCGGGCGACAGCUUUUGCAGUUCGGACAUAUCUCUAGACGGGAGUAACUUUGACCAGCUUGACGAAGGCGCUUCCGACACCAUGAGCUUACAGAACCUGGAAGUGCCCCACCACGCUCACCAGCACGGGAGCCACUCGUCCCACGAGCCUCUCAACCUGGGCACAGGAGCGAUAGUCAACCCGAUAGACAAACUGUAUCUAAUGCAGAACUCUUACUUUAGUACAGAUCACUGAUUCGCUGACCGCGCUCUCCGCAACCCUGACGCGAGACAGCGCAUCUACCCUAAGGACUUUACAAGGUGUACCGAAACUAAAACUAGUCAGUCGACCUCUGUUACCGAAGCACACAACUCGGUGUUCGGAUUCGGUUUUUAUUCGACGUUGUAAAUUGUGUAUAGUAGUGAUAUAAGAGACAUUAAGGAAUAAAGGAGUAUCCGUGUACGUUUUGUAUAGCUAUUAGAUAUUAUUUCACGAAGACCGCUCAGCCUCGGUUAUAGUAGUGAAUGAAUAAAGUUUUGCGCAUUUGUGUGCGUAACGUAAGCCGCGUCAUUGUCGUAAACUUGUGCCACGCACGCUAUAACAAUGUAAAAACGUGUGCACCCAACAAGCAUACCCAAACGGUUUUCGUGAAAUAGAACAUCAGCAAAGGAACUGUAUUUGAAUUUUGAACCACGACAUACUGCAACGUGCAUGCGAUGUGCAGAGUAGAGUACCUACUCACUCUCCAUCAAUCUCUAACCA